CUGUGACGUCGCCGCUGGCGCUUUGCGCGUUGACGUCACGGCGUAGCGAGAUGCGGCACGGAGCGAUGGUGACGUCACCGCGUCGAGAGUUCUCGCGGUGACGUCGCCGCGUGGAGGAGCCGAGCGGAGGAGGAGUGGGAGCGGAGCUGCUGCGCCUUCAUCCGACGAGCUGCGAACGAAGGGCAAGGCCGGCGCGUGACGCACGCAGAGGCGGAAGAAGAGGAGGAGGAGGAGGAGAAGGCGGAGGAGGAGGAGGAGCGAGUCGGAAGGAGUCGGAAGGUGAUACGGGGCACAUGGAGGACGGUGGGGCACAGCGUGGGGCGGGGCUGGAGGAGGUGGAGGGGGGGAGCCCGACCGGGGGGGGCGCUGCGGCAGCGCCGGCGGGGGGGAGCCAGCGGAGCGGUGGGGCUGUGGACGCCGCCCCGUGGCUCCAGGAGAACGGCUUCGGGAGCGGCGGCGCUCACCUCUCGGUGGCUCCAGAAGCCGUGAGCGAGGAUGGCGGCGACCAGGCCUACGGAGCUCCGGGCAAGGACGGCAAGAUGGGGGAGCGGCGCUCCGGCCUUCCCAAGCCGACCGCCAUCCCCAAGCCCAUCCCGGCCACCGCUGCCGCCGCCGCCACCACCACCACCGGCACAAAGACCGGCACGCCCGCCCGCCCCACAAGCAUCACCUCGCCACCGCAGGGAGCAGCGUCAGCACGGGGCGGCGGCGGCGGCGGCGCCAGCUCCUCGCAGCCGUCAUCAGCGGCAUCGUCGGCGGCGGGGGGCGGGGGAGGCGGGGGAGGCGGGGGAGGGAAGAGUUCGUCGUCGUCGUCGUCGAAGCCGUCGCGACCCCGCAAGAAGAGCGGCACCACGACCCCCACGACCCCGGGCACUCCCGGGAGCCUCAACCACUGGAGCGGGAUCCUCACCCCGCUGAGCCGCCCCCACUCCACGCCCACGCCCGUGCGGGACAAGGUGGCGAUCAUUCGAUCGGCGCCCCGCGCCGCUCGACCCCGCGAGGUCACGACCCCUCCGGCCCAGCUCGACCUCUCACACGUGCGCUCUAAGAUAUCCUCCCACGGCAACGGCAAACACCAGCCUGCUGAGGGGCAGGUCUUCAGUGAGAAGCAGGACUACAGCCACGUGAACUCCAAGUGCAACUCCAUGGCCAACCUGAGGCACUCGCCCGGCGGAGGGAAUGUCCAGAUCACCACGAAGAAGAUCGACCUGUCCAACGUGAGCUCCAAGUGCGGCUCCUUCAACAACGUGCGACACAAGCCUGGCGGAGGGAACGUGCAGAUCCAGAGCCACAAGCUCGAGUUCAAGGAUAAGGCCAAGUCCAAGGUGGGGUCCUUGGACAACACGACCCACACGCCCGGCGGAGGCAACAUCAAGAUCGAGAGCCACAAGCUGAACUUCCGCGAGUCGGCGCGCUCGCGCACCGACCACGGCGCCGACAUCGUGUCGGCGGGUCACACCCCGCGUCGCCUCAGCAACGUGAGCUCCGCGGGCAGCGCCAACCUCCUCGAGUCGCCGCGCCUCUCCACACUCGCCUCCGACGUGUCGGCCGCCCUCGCCCAGCAGGCGCUGUGACCCCCCCCCCCCCCCGCCACCAACCCUGCCGCACUCCUCCGCCUCGAGCGAUGGCUCCCUUCUUGUUUCUACCCCGCUCACUCUUCCGUCUCUCUCCUCUCUCUCUCUCUCUUCCCCGCGUCUCUCACCGAUGGACUUUCGUUUGCCUCUCUUCUCACUCGGGCCCAUGCUCCCACUCUCCGCUUUGUCUCUCUCCUCCCUACUAUCGUUCCCCCCCCCCCCCGCCUCCGCUCUCUCCUCUCGCCUGUCUUGAUCCCCUCCAUCCCUGAGUGAGUCCGAGCUGAGCUCCGGGCGGGUGGGCGGUUGCGUGGUUUUUGUCCGGAGCAGUCGGACAAAACCCCCCAGCGGGAUCUCCAUGAAUCUCCACACCUCGUACCGCUCUCCGUAAGUCACGUGGGAGAGAGCUCCGUCUCUCUGUCACCGUCUCUCUGUCACCGUCUCCCUGUCACCGUCUCUCUGUCACCGUCUCUGUCACCGUCUCUCUG